CUCAUUACUGUGGUUUCAUCAAUAUGGCCUCCUUUACACUCCCUGAUUUAUGUAGAAGUUCCAUUAUUGGGAAUUUUAGACAUUUUCCAACAGAUUAUCUUAUGCUCUCUUUACCAAGGAGAGAAGUGGUUACCCUGCUAUGCCUUCUUUCACCAUUAGAUCUUGUACAAUUGGAAAAUAACUUGGAAUCUAUUGCCACCAGGCAUGAACUGACACAAAGUGACAUGAACAAAAUAUGGAGUUGCGUGUACAAAAGAUGUUGGGAUGUUGAAAGCAAUGUAUCAUCAGAUCAAUCGAAUUGGAGAGGAUACUUCUUAGAGACAGUCACUCACUGGCUAUUGAAUAAACUAACUCUCAUACACUCUUGUACAUCAAAGGAUUGUCGUGGCUCCAAAUUUGACUACGUUCUUCGCGUUUUAUUUGGAUGUGGCUCGCCAUUUGAAAACUCGUCAGCCACCAGCAGUGCUACAUCAAGACUAUAUGGACUACAUGUCAUUUGUGGCCAUUGUAAGCUAGUUAUACCAAACUAUAGGAGAAAUGAAUAUGAUAUCCUUAUUGAUCUACUAGAAGAAGAAAGGCUUGUCAGAUUAGCACAAAUUAUCAUUGAUGAAUUUAUGUAUCGUCCGCAAUCAAUCAAAAUCAUCUUGGGGAGAUCUCAUUUGUCAAGACUUUACUCAAAAUUCAAUCAAUAUCAUAUCAAUAGAUUGGGAGCUUUUUUGUGUGAAGUUGAACACGCUACUUUUAAGCAUGCUACGGAAACUAGCAAUCCUGUUGUUAGCAAGAUUGUGCAGUGUAUAUGUUCAAGAGAACACAAAACAAAGAAAGUGAAAAUGACACUUGUCAAUAGUAAUCACAACAGUGACUCCUGGAAUGUAACACUUCAGAACUUUACGCAAGAUGUUAUCUUAGAAAUUGUUUGUAUCUAAAAGUUUCUAGUAAUUAUUAUUAGUAAAGCAGCAUAAAAAUAGUUAAUG